AUGGAUCGGGUCCUUUAUGCGCAUCAUCGCCCAGGACCUGUGCCUGUAGAAGAAAAGAAGGCACAGAGCAUCAAGAAGUUCAAAAUGCAGGAAGAUUGGUUGUCGCCCGGAUUUGAGCAAACUACUGUCCCAACUGUCCACACUGUCCAAUUUUAA